UGGUAGUGGGACCUUAAAGUUAGCUGAGGAGAAAGGCGAGAGCCGUGAAUUAUUCCUCGAGCGCCUCGGGAGGAGGAUCCGAAAAGAAGAUAAGGAUUAGACAGCUAUGUUGUGGGUAUUCAUUGAUGGGAUGCAACUUUGAAAGAGGAAAUACGAAAGAAAGUUGGAGUCUCAUGUUGUCGCUAAGCAGUUUAUUUUGGAUUUGUGUUUUGGCUGGGUUUUUUCCUUCUCUUUUUUUCUUUUCUUUUUUUUUUUGGAGGGGAGAAUUGGAUUAACUGAGCCAAAUUGCCCACUUGUCUGGAAGUGGUGUGAACUUUUUCCCUUUGAGUUUUCAAUUUCAUAAAGACUUUACAAGUCAGUAGCAAAUCUGCCAACCGAUCUCCGAAAAUGUUCAAGUCACGUGGUAGCAACUGAGCAGAAACAUUUUUUUAAGGGAGAAUCAAAGGGAUUUGAAACCUUGAAGGAUUCCAAAAACAUGACCUGCGGACUAAAUCCAGGCUUUUUCCUGAUGCUGUUCUGUCUUCUCCACAGCACUGAGGAGACUUGCCCCUCCGUGUGCCUCUGUAUAUCCGAUGCAGUAAGCUGUAGCUCCAGUGGUCUUACCAAGCUACCUCACUCCCUGCCCUCUUUCUGUCUCAGUCUCGACCUCAGCCACAACCACAUAUCCUGGCUGAGUCCAGGUUUCUUCAACAAGAUGCCCAGACUGGAAAAUCUCCUGAUGGCGCACAAUCAGCUCAAGGCCCUGACUCCUGGAAUUUUUCACAAUGUCUCUGGCCUCAGGCACCUUGACCUGUCCUCCAAUAAGCUGAGUGUGGUAGAGCAGCACUACUUCCAGGGGCUUUGGAGGCUGGAGGAGCUCCUUCUCUUCAAUAAUAAGAUCACACGGGUGGAGGCCAGCACUCUGAGUGGCCUGAGCAGCUUAAAGAAGGUCUACUUCAGCCUCAACCAAAUCACAGACUUCCCAUUUUUCUCAAUCCAAGAUCACAGUCAUCCAUUCCUGAGCAUGCUAGAUCUCUCAUCCAACCGACUGACCCAUCUGCAGUGGGAGGAUGUGAAAGCUUUGCCUAGGUUGGUGCAGCGGGGCCUGUAUCUCUACAACAACUCUCUGAUCUGUGACUGCUUCAUGUAUAGCAUGUUUUGGCAUUGGGAUCUGAGGGGCUAUGACUCAGUGAAGGACUUUAAGGAGGAGCAUAUUUGUUCCAUUAAUGGGGACCCACGGUCGUCCAUACGAUUUCUAAAACAGAACCGCUUCUUCCUUAACUGCACUGUGGAAAAACCUGUUUCACAGCCAGUAACAGUUCUCCUCUCCAACGUGUUGGUUUCAGAGGGAGAAAGGGUGCGUCUAGACUGCCAAACAUCCCUGACGGGCACAGACCUCUCAUUUACGUGGCUCUCCCCAAGCAAGGGGUACAUCACCAAGGCUAGCAUAGACACACUAAUUAGCCUGUUUCCUAAUGGUACCUUGGAGAUCCGAGCAACCAAGGUCAAUGACUCAGGACUGUAUGUGUGCACAGCUGUGGAUAUUAAACAGGCACUUAAUGCAACUCGGGAGGUGAACGUGACGGUGCUGCUGCCUGCGGCAGAGUUAUUCAACACUGGCUACACAACAUUGCUCGGCUGUAUGGUGACCACGGUGAUCAUCCUCGUCUACCUUUAUCUGACUCCGUGUCGCUGCAGCUACUGUAAACGGUCAAAACCUUAUGACUCGAGCGGCCUAUCUUCUGUCCUCUUUUGCUCUACAAGAGACCAGACCAAAAACCAAACUGAUAAGCACGUAGCGUUCAUUGAGCCAGUGAUGAAAGAAGAAGGAACAGACUGCUCUCUAGAAAGUUGAUUCUGUACAAAAUUUUUUUUUUUUCUCAUCUUUUUCCCUGCCCAAGUGGAAAACCUUUGGACAAAUGAAAACUCCUCAGUAUCUAGCGAGGAGAUGCUAUUUGAGUGGUAAUGCUAUAAAGGAAGAAAAGAACUUCAUGUCUCCUUCUCAAAUGCCAGAUGCAGUUAAGAGGCAUCCUGAACAAAAAUGCAAUAUCUCCUGCUUCAGUUCUCCUCUUUUCUGUCAUGUGGCCUGGUAGUCAAAAUGAAAGUUUCAACUUUGGUUUAUACCCUCAAUGUACUGACACCACCAAAUCACAGCAGAGCCAUUAUCAGUCUGAAAAAUCAGCUAAUAAUUUCUCUGUGCUCAGGUACAGUACUAGGGGGGAUAUUUCUCAUGGGAUCUGAGAAUGAA